AUGAAUGAAUCCGGUGGCUCACCGGAAGACGAUCACGGAGGAGGGGCUCAAGUCCAAGCUCCAGGUCCACCGCCAAGGGCCACGGGGGAUCGCCGGAUAGUUUCGUAUAAAGAUGUUUGCCUCGGCGUGAAUGGAGGGGAGGAAUCAGAAGAUGACGAUGUGCCUAUGGAAGGUUUCCUCUCAGAUUCAGAGGAAAGCGACUCAGAAAGGGCAGGGAAGGAUGCUGCGCAAGGUAACCCCCUAUGUCCUGUCAUAAGAAUCUCAAAGGAAAAGAGGAAAGAGCUGCGUAAACCAUGGCAGAACUCCAUCAUAGUGAAGCUCCUCGGCAAACGGGUGGGUCUGGGCUUGAUGAAGGAUCGGUUGAGCAAACUCUGGCAUCCCGCAGGGGAGAUGGAGGUCAUUGAUCUAGACUUCGACUUCUAUGUUGUUCGCUUUGCUAACCGAGUCGAUUAUGCCCAUGUGUUCACCGGUGGUCCAUGGAUGAUAAUGGGUCAUUACCUCGUUGUUCAACAAUGGAGGCCGAUGUUCAUCCCUUCUAAAGGGGAACUUACACGUGUGGCUGUUUGGAUCAGGGUGCCGGGCUUCCCUGUGGAGUGCUAUGACCAAGAAGUUCUCCAUGAGAUAGGUAAGAAUGUGGGCAGAUUUGUUAAGGUCGACGACCAUACAUGGAAGACUAUGGCUGGAAAAGGGCAGCAAGGCGCUACGAUGGAGCGCGCUCGCUUUGCUAGGAUCUGUGUAGAAGUGGAUCUUCGUAAGACGCUGGUCUCCAAGUUCAUGUUUGAGGAUGAGGAAUUCAAAAUCGAGUACGAAGGGUUGAGUCUGAUUUGCUUCGAGUGUGGUCGGUUUGGGCACAAGAAAGAGGCUUGCUUCGUGGCCUCUGUAAGUGAAAACCACCAAACCAUCAUUGCUCCGACCACGACUAAUCCUACCAAUAAGGUUGCCAAUGGGGAUGACUUUGGCCCCUGGAUGAUCGCUAAGAAGCCGGCGCGGUUCACCUCAAAACGGACGAACGGGAUGGGUCACCCUGUCAAACCUGUUGGUGGCUUCGGCAGCGGAACUAGGUUCUCAGCCCUGGAACACAUGGACCUCGACGAGAACCAGGCAAGCCCGGUAAUUGGGGACAAAAAUUCCGGUAUCGUCGGGGAUAUUCAAAACUCUCCCUCACUUUCAGGGAAAAAUAUUCCUGGCAAUCAUUACACUAUAAAUGAUUCUCACGUGGGACCUAAUGGGCCAGUGAUUGUGGCUCCAAUCAUUGAGCAGUCUCCAUUAGGUGACACUAUUAAUCCUAGUGUGGAUCCCAAGAUCUGGGAGAAUCCGCUUGAAUCUCUCAAGCAGGGGCCCACCAUGGCAGGAAAAGUGGUAACUCAUUCCACUUUCUCUGGCGGCGCAUCAUCAGAUCAAGUCAUCCCUGGGUUAAGUGGGAAGGACCGUCACCAAGCAAGGGCUGACGUCACCUCCAACACAUUCAAUAUCACGCCAAAGAUGGGUCCCACUCACUCUUCGUCUUUGAAGCAUACAAAGAUGAAAGCCUGUCGUUCUCCGCGUGACCAGUCUCAGGUUGAUCCAAGAGGCCAAUCAUCUAGGGAUGCCAGUUCUUCCAAGUCCCCGGUUGGGAAGUCGAUUCUUUCUCCUAGGGAGAGAGAUAGGAGUAUGUCUCCUAGCUGGAACAUUAGAGGAGCUGCAGCGAAUGGAGUUUCUCUUCUCCUUAAAGAUGUUAUUUGUAGGCAUAAUGUCUCGUGUGUGGCAAUCUUUGAACCUAGAGUUAGUUCUGCGUCUCAUCUCCCCAGAAUCAUGAAGUCUAUUGGCUUUGAUGAGUGCUUUGUUGUGGAAUCUGAGGGCUUUUCAGGUGGUAUUUGGAUCAUGUGGAACAAGCAAUGGGGUGUUGUAGAGCCUAUUUAA